AUCUUGGAAGAAAGAAGUGGACAGGACUCGAAGCGAAUAACGACGAUGGAUAUGGAGUUCUUGGCAAAGCUGUGGCUCCAAAUCGACCACGACUCGCGCUCGCACAAACCCAUCAUAUCGUUUCCUCCAUCAUCGCCACCCUCAGUUUCUGCACGCCAUCGACCUUCCUCCUUCGGAGCUUGACAGAGUCUUAAGACCUUCGUUGGUCCCUCCCAAUGGUGGUCGCCAAAGCAGCUGCGUUGACCUGGACCCACUCCGUGUCUCCCUCUCUCCACAUUCCUCAGUCCUUCUCUGUCCGCGAUGCGAGGAGAUUCCGACCGUUUUGUGCCUCCGAUCAAUCGCAGAAGGUACCAGUUUCCGGAUUCAGAGAAAACGAGAUGAUUGUCUCGAUAACAGGAGCUACAGGCUUUAUCGGUAGGAGGCUAGUGCAGAGAUUGCGUGCAGACAAUCAUACUGUGCAAGUUUUGACUCGUUCUAGAUCAAGAGCAGAGUUAAUAUUUCCGGUGAAAGAUUAUCCCGGACUUAUAGUGGUGGAGGAGCCAAAGUGGAAAAACUGCAUCCAAAUGUCAAAAGCUGUUGUCAAUCUUGCCGGAAUGCCAAUUAGUACAAGGUGGUCAUCUGAGAUCAAAAAAGAGAUAAAAGACAGCAGAAUUAGGGUUACCUCAAAGGUUGUAGAUUACAUAAAUGCAUCCCCAGAAGAAAAUCGGCCUACUGUUUUGGUCAGCGCAACUGCUGCUGGGUACUACGGCACCAGUGAAACACAAGUGUUCGAUGAGCGUAGUCCAUCGGGAAAUGAUUACUUGGCUGAGGUCUGUAGAAUAUGGGAGGCAACGGCUCUCAAAGUGAACAAGGAUGUCAGGGUUGCCCUUAUCCGUAUAGGUGUUGUUCUUGGUAAAGAUGGUGGUGCUUUAGCUAAAAUGGUCCCUCUCUUCAUGAUGUUCGCUGGUGGACCAUUGGGCUCUGGCCGACAAUGGUUUUCAUGGAUUCACGUGGAUGACUUAGUAAACCUGAUAUAUGAAGCUCUAAUCAAUCCAUCUUACAAAGCAAGGUUUAACAGGAGUUAUCAAUGGGACUGCGCCGAAUCCGGUACGCUUGGCAGAAUUGUGUGGACAGCUGGGAGAGGUAUUAGGCCGGCCCUCUUGGUUGCCCGUUCCAGAAUUUGCCCUCAAAGCGGUGCUCGGAGAAGGUGCUUGUGUGGUUUUGGACGGACAAAAGGUGGUCCCUGCUAGAGCCAAGGAGCUGGGGUUCCCAUUCAAGUACCCCUAUGUGAAAGAUGCACUGAAAGCCAUCCUUUUGUGAAGGAGGAAACCCUGAUGAUGAACCAAGCAACAUUCGAAUCAUUCUUUAUUCUUUGAACUACUUUGAUCUCUGUGGGGAUUUAGGAAUAGACUGGGUUCACUUAUCUUAGGACGACAUUGACGCACUGGAUGAGACCUGGAUAUUAAGUGGCUUUUAUAUC